AUGGCUCUGCAGGACAUCUGUUGUUAUCUGGACACUCUUCUGGGAGCUCCGUGGAACUCCUCAUCCUCACUCUCCCUUCCCUUUGGUACUGAACACACUGAUCUGUACUCCACCACCUCAGAUCAAAAGAACUUCUUUUCGGGGACACCACUUGAGAGGUGUGGAGGAAGUCCACUCCGCUUCUUUCUCCCACCUCCACAGAUCCGAGGUCAGUUUGGCAAAGCGUCGUCUUUCCUCUCUAAUUCCUCCCCCACCUCUUCGGCCGUCGCACGUCCGUUCCCUCUGUCUCAUGGCACCACUACCCUGGGCUUUGCGUUCCAAGGUGGUGUUAUUGCAGCAGCUGAUACUCGUGCCAGUUGUGCGGGUCUAAUUGCCUGCCCAGCUGCCCACAAGAUCCAGCCAAUCCAUUCCCACUUAGUGGUCACCACGUCAGGCAGCGCCGCUGACUGCAUGCUGUGGGAACGGAUUUUGGCUCGGGAGAUCCGACUGUACCAGCUACGCCAUCGCCGAAAGCUCUCAGUCACAGGAGCUGCCAAGCUGCUUUCUCUCAUGCUGCACCCGUUCAAAGGCACGGACGUGUGUGUGGCGACAACUUUGUGUGGCUGGGACAGGGAAACAGCAGAGGGAGAUGAGGGAAGAACACAACAAGACCCGAUUUCAAGUUCUUACAAUGGCACAUCAUCACAGGCUGUCUCUGAUCUGAACCAGAUCAGACCUAAGGCUACAGCCGUUGGGCGAACGGGCCCAAAGGUGUGCUAUGUGUGCAGUGAUGGGCUGAUGCUUAAUGAGGACCUGAUAUCAGUGGGCUCAGGCUCGCCCUAUGCUUACUCCGUGUUGGACGACGGUUGGAGAUGGAAGAUGAGUGUGGACGAGGCUGUGUCACUGGCCAGAGAGGCUGUGUAUAGAGCCACUCACAGAGAUGCGUACUCUGGGAACAAUGUGGACCUUUUCCACAUCACUGCACACGGGUGGAGCCGAAGAGAGAGGGAGGAUGUGAAGGAGGAGUACUACAGGGAGAAAGAGAGAGUUUGGUAUGACAGAUUGCAGAUAAAGCUCCAAUUUUAUGCUGAACAUGUGCUCAAAUUUGAAGACUGA